UCAUAGAUCAUCAUUUUGCAGAGAGUAUCAGAAGAGCGAACACAGAAGAAACAUUCCAAAGAAGAAUUUUCCCAAGUCGUCUACAAGAUCACAAACAUCAUGAAGACUGGAAUUGUUAUUGCUGUUGCAUUCCUUCUACAAGUUUCGACUGCAGUGUUUAUGAAAGAAGACAGUUUGGAAGACCUGGAUGGCCAUAAAUACGACUUCAUUACAAUAAGAAACGGCGAGGAGAUCAUUUCCAGAGAUGGAAAGCUCAAUGAAAUUGCCGUGCCACUAAAGGAACACGGUGUGUGGAUUGUGAUAAAGGAAGACGACAAGAACAUAUGUUACGUAGUCGAUAUGACAAAAGAGGAACAACAUGACAGACCGUCGGAUGGUAAAUCAAAGUUGCUGCAUUACGAGGUUAAAGCUGUGAAAGAAUUUCACCCCGACAUCAAACGAACUUGCGAGGAAUAUGGCGGAGAGGGCAGGACCAUCGUUCAACUGGGACCGAAAGACGACAGCAACCCUUUCUUCCGAGGUAAACAUCCAAACCGUAAACACAUACCAGAAUACCCAAGUUAAGUAAAGGGACAGACC